GCCGUGGCGCUCUUCAUUCAGCUCCUCCAGUGCCCUGACCUUGGCUACGGGCUGGAAGACGCCAUCGUGGAGGAGAUGAGCAGGCAGCUGAGAGACCACCAGACCGUGGUGCGCUGGUUGGGGCUCAAAGGCCUCCUCAAUCUGGCCCGUCUCCCAGAGAAGGUGGGGAAACUCCAGCGUCUGCUGCCAGAUGUCCUGGAGCGACUCCAGGAGGUAGACAGAGCCCUCAUCCGCAAGGCCAUCGCCGUGCUGAAACACCUCCUCGCCGGCAUGGACAGGCAGAGCGCCAGCUGCGCGGCUGUGCAAGUGGCUGAGCAACUCCUGCCAUUGUUUGAUGAUGUGACCAGCAAGCUCCGGGUGCUCUCCAUCACCCUUUUUAAAGACCUGCUGGAGCUUGUAAGGUGGCCCAACCGGAGUGAGAUGAAGGAGUAUGUGCUCCAGAGCCUGGUCCCACUGCUCCUCCUUGUUCAUGAUGAGCGUCCCAACGUGUCCCAGGUGUGUUGGGACACCCUCAGCAGUGCCGCCCAAUUCCUGAGGUGGCACCAGCUCAGUGGCCUCAUCCAGCACAAGGAAACCUGGCGAAUCUGUGACUGCCUGGUGAGGCGCUACAACGGGAGAGCUGAUGACUUCCUGUGCCAGACCAUGGCCUUCCUGCAGAACCCACAGACUCCAGUUAGGGAAGCAGCCAUCAGGUUCCUAGGGCUCACUGCCCGGCAGCUGGACCAGGGGAGCCAGAACAAGUUGAACGCCAUCUGCGAGAACCUCAAAGGCUUGCAGCAGGACAGCAAGUCCUCAGUCCGAUGCCUGGCUUCUCAGACUAUUUUCAUCCUGGAGGCCUUCAAGAACCAGCCUCCAGCCUGCUGCGGCCUAUGGACAUUGGUCCAUAGGAUAACAACAAUGUGCACUGAGGAUAGCCCGCUCAUUGAAGCUGCCCAGCUGCCCUAGCUCUGGGAAAAGCAAGCCUCCCUUCUCUGGGGGCUUGGUGCAUCAGAGCCCACCUGGAGCAAGGUGGAACACACGGCUUCUUCCCAAUUGGCUGCCUGCCCUGCCCAGCCAUGUGAGUAGUUAACUGCUCGAUAGCUUUCAUCAUCAUGUACUUUUUGACAGGUUUCCAUGCACCGUGUUGCAUUUACAUCCUGCCCUCCGUCCCCAUUUCCAGUCGUGUACGUUUUUGAUGCCGUUGGCCAUUUUGAAAAUUUAUUUUGUAUUAUUUUUCUGUGUUUGGCCGGGGGAAGGUUGUGUGCUUGUGUUUUGACAUAUUUAGAGAAAAAGUACGAAUGAGUAGAAAGAGAGGCUGUAAAGGGUUUGCAGUCCCCCCCCCAGCCCCCACCGUCCGUCCAUCUGGGUGGGAGACCACACCCCUUGCUAUGAUACUUCCGGGUACGGUGGUUCAGGGGAAAAUUAGCUCAGUGUUAAUGGCUCUAGCCUGCAGUCAGGCCAAGUAACGGUAGAGAGUCUGUUUGCCCGGGGCCCUCAAUCAGGGCAGGGCGUCAGUCGAGAAGGGGCUCUGGCCUACAGUCAGGCAGGCAGAGCAGCAGGAGGUCCAUUUGCCUGGCCCUUGAUCAGGGUAGGGCAGCAGUCAAGUAGGGGGGCUCUGGCCUACAGUCCGGCAAAGCUGUCACAGUCUAGGGGAGGUUAGCUCUCUGGUGGGAAUGUCAGGACAACCAUCUGGCAUCUGGAUUCAGGCGGGUGCCAGACCAAUUCAGGCCUCCUGACAACCAGGGGGGAGGCUGCCACUCCUGACGUUGAGGUGGUAGGGGCAGAGGAACUCAGGUCCUCCCAUUCCACUGCGUCCCAGCCCAGGACCCUAACAGCGGUGGAGUUGUCCGCCACUGGGUCAGCGGGGAAAGUCCAGCCGCAACACGCUGGCUGGCUUGUAGUCAAUAACACAGCCAAACCUAAUUCUGCUUCCCUUGGCUCCAUCCUACACACCCAUUCCGUGUGUACAUGGGUUCCAGGGUUGUUGUUCGCUUCGCUGGGAUAGACAGCUAGUGGCAGCCCCCCCAGCUCCUCGGAGAUCCUGGCGUCUGGCAGCUUUGUCAGCACCUCUGGGUCUCUGUCAGGAGAGCGGUCUCCGUUGGGUCUGGGCUCACGCAACGGGGAAGAGACGUCCUGCUCCUCAGGCAGCCCUCCCCCGACUGAGCUGGAGGACCAGCCUUUUAUAGUUCCGCUUCCUGUCCCACCCCUCUGCUUCCAGCGGGGAGGCCAUGCAAGUCCCCGUUCUACCCACCAGGGGGGCGUUCACGGAUCCCUCCCUGUCUGUCAGGGCAGGAGACUAUGCCCUCUCGCUACAGAGGCCUUAAAGAAAAGGAGUUUUAAAAAAAGAAAGAUUGCUUAGGCUUAGAGGAAAAAAGGAAAGAAAGGUUAUCUUAAAUAGAAGAAAGAGGGGAAACUAGAGAAAGCAACAAGAGAGAGGAGUUUGUAAGAACGUAGUAAAAGGUUAUUUUUGUUGGGACUAAAAAAUUAUGAGAGUAAAAAAAAUUGAACUCAAUUUAAAAAACCAAAGGCUAAUUAAAUAGAAUAGGAAAUAUAAAGGAAGGUUGAGAAGGUCGGGUGAAAGAACUCACAUGGCAGAAUAAUUAGCGAGAGAUUCUGUGUCAGUGACAUAGGGCUGUGUAAAGUACAGAAAACAGCAAGAGAGAGAAAGAUCCCUUUUUGUUAAUAAGCAGAAAACAGAGCUGUGCAAAAGAGAGAAAGAUCCUUACCAUUUCCCGCCGUUGUUCAGCCAUCGUCAACCGAGCAGCACAGCUUCCGCUGCAAACUCUGCUCUCCCAUUCUUGCAUCAGUAGCAAAUUUCUCCAUGUUGUCAGUGCUGGGCUCCAGUGAAAGCUACAGAAGGAAACCAUUUCCCGCCUUUUAUCAGCCAUCUUGAACCGAACAGCUCUCCUACGUUUCAUGCCAUUUUUCCAGGAUUACCCAUGCAGGCACCAUAGCGCGGCAAGUAUGUAGCCCACUCAGAUCUCUGCUGCAGUCUUGACCAUUGUAAAUACCUCACGCAUUAUCCAGCAAUAUGUGAAGUUUCUGCAAAAAUGGGC